AAUUUUUAAAAAAACUUUUUUGAGCCGACGUAUGAUACGUCCAAUCGGCAUACGGGAGACAUUUUGACUCGACGUUUAAUACGUCCAAUCGGCGUAAGAGGGUUAACGUAACGUAAAUUGGUCACUCGUAACAUUUCAGAAUUUCAAAGUUGAUAUUUCUUAGAGUUUGUUUAGUAUUAUUUAGUGUUUUUGUGGAAUCUGAACAAACAUUGUUGUUUUAACGGCGCCUGGUUUUUGUGAAAGUGUAUAAAACAAGACUGCAGCAAAGAAAGAAGUUGGUAUACCAAAAAGGAAUGGUUGGACAAAGAUGGUCCACUAACUUGGAUCAUCAGCACUUUCAUCAAAGGUUGCUACCCGACAAUCUUUUAUGAGGGGAAAUCAACGGCAGCUGCAAAUAAACUCAGAGAAACACUGUUUCCUGAACCUGUCAAGAUGUACUUGCUAACGAAUGAAAUCCUAUCUAGACAGUCUACAUGGAAGAUGUCUGAAUGUGAUGUGUACAUCUUCCUCCUCAGCAAUGGAGAGGCCCUAAAAGAACAUGCAUCAGUGAACCAUAUUCGAGCAGUUCCAUACGAGGAGGGAUAUUAUCCACCACCAUUAUGGAAUUACAAAGGAUAUUACAUUGUUUUUCUCCUUAAGGCUGAAAAUGCACUGCAAACUGCUACAAACAUGGUAACACUUUAUAAUUUCAAAAAGACUGAAAACCUUUUGCUGUUGCGACCAAGCAGAAAUUAUCUUUUAGCUUCCACACAUUCCCUAUAUUCUGUUAGUACAGGUCUAACAUUGCUUGACUUCUGGUCACACAAAAAGUUUCACAAAGGACAAAAUUUAUUUCCAAAAAAAACCAAUAACCUAAAAGGUGCUGAACUUACAGUGGCUACAUUUGAACAUCCACCAAGUGUUGUUUAUGUCUAUGAUGAAAAUAACAACCUUCGUAGUCGGAUUGGAGUUGACAUGCAAAUAAUACAUGGUCUUACCAAAGCAAAAAAUUUUACAGUAAAUUUUAAAGAGGUCAGUUCUGUAGAAAAAUGGGGAUUUAAAUAUUCCAAUGGAUCUUGGGAUGGCUUAAUGGGGGAAGUCAUUAAAGAAACAGCUGACAUUAGUGUUUGCAAUGUUUUUAAUGAACAUUUCCGAUGGAAUGAGGUUGACUUUUCAUAUCCCUAUAACUUUAUGCCAGGAUGUUUUAUUGCACCUUCCCCUAAACCUUUGGUAAACUGGAUUUCACCAGCGCUUCCUUUCACCUGGGACACUUGGGUAUCGAUUGGAGUUUCACUGAUAGUUGGUGGCAUUCUCCUUGCUAUCAUAUCAGCAUUAAGUAUAAACAAAGAAUCCUCAGAAUUCAAAAGCUUGACUUACAAUUACCUUUACAUUCUCACUUCAUUCACAAUGCGUUCUGUGACCAUUAUCCCCUCAUACAAUCCAACACGUAUUUAUGCUGGGUUUGUGUGGUUAUUUUCUCUGAUUAUCUCCACAGGUUACUCUGCCAAUCUAGUAGCUUUUCUUUCAGUUACUACAACUACAAGUCCAAUCGAUACUUUGAGUCAACUGGCAAGCAGUGGUCUGAGAUUUGGAGCACAUUCUUUUUGGAAGACCCAGUUUUCAGGUUCAAGUGAUCCUGCAGUUAAAUAUAUUUUUGAAAAUCUAGAGACUGAUUUAGAUAUUUAUACCCUAUUUGAAGAGGUAGACAAAGGAAAAUUUGCCUUAGUGGAAAACAAACAAUAUCUUGAAGUCAACAGGGAUGCCAGGUUUACAUAUGGUGACGAGGCAACAAUUCGUAUUGUGGGAGAAUGUCUCAUCCCUUACAGCAUUAGCUUAAUUCUUCCCAAAAACUCACCACUUACACCAAAUUUGGCUACUGAUCUCCUACAUUUAUUCGAGUCAGGAAUGAUUCAGAAGUGGCAAAAGGAUGUAGUUACACUUUACCGCAAGCAGUUUGAGGAAAAGCGCAAAUUAAAAGCCUCACUCAUUGUUUCUGGUACUAAAGCUCUUAGUCUUGAUCACCUUCAAGGAGUCUUUUACAUAACUGGCAUUGGAUAUAUAAUAAGUGCCAUAUUAUUGUUCUUUGAACAAAUUUUUAAACCAACCACACAGAAAUCAAUGACAAUGACAGACAACUAAUAAACUAUGGACUUGUGCAUAUUUUUGUGAUUUAAAUCUAAAUAACCAAUUGAUAACUACAUAAAAGAGUUCCCCACCAACAAAUUAAAACUGACUAUAUGGACUCUCGAAGAUAUUUGAGGGUUUAAUAAGGUAGUGAAAUAUAUAAGAUUUUACCCUUUUUUUCCAGGCAUUUGGAAAAAUUUUUGACUGAUCUGAAUCACUACUGCAAUACUUAGGAAGCAAAUAUCAUGGCAUAUGGAAAUACUUUUCUUUAAUUACACAGCAGGUCAUAUUUGAGAUUUUGAAGAAUGCAAAAACCCAUCCAAGGUAGUACCUGCUAGAUAAUUUAAUGCAAUACCCAUAAAUGUGGUUAAAAAUGAUCAUGCAUAAUCAUUUUCAAAAUAAGUAAAACAGACCUGUGCUUAUGUUGUUUCUUUAGGAUUUUUAAUAAUGGAAGUACUGUAAUAAAAUGAACUUGUAUGUUGAGAAAAUGUUUUUUUCACCUUUACAGGAUAGCUUUGCAACUGAUGUUAUCAUCAUAAUCAAUAAAGCAUUAAUAUUAAUGUUUUCUGUUAUUUUCCUUUUAUGUCUGUGGGAUAUCUUACCAUUCUUUACAUUCCAGUGGUAUUACAAUAGCUAAGAUCAUUAAUUACACACCUUACUUUUCUUGCACAAAAAGGGCUUAAAAUUGCCCAUGAAAACAGGAAAAAUUAAAAUAAAAUCUUUCAGUAGUCAGGAAACCCAAGAGGAGAAAUUUUGACCAACACUAAGCCUAAAUAAUAAUACAGUGCAGUAUUUCACAAUCUAACACAAUGUAAUUUUGCCUGGACUCUGUCCUCUAAUGCAAUUUCAAAGCCUAGAUAUGUUAUGAGAGAGUUAACCAUGCAGUCAAAAGUCCUGACAUAUGACUACCAAACAUCACUGACACUUGCAACAACUUUAUCUGGUGCAAGUGGCAAUAGGUCAAAGCAAAACUAAAAUGCACAAAAAAGACUAAACUAAUAAAAUUAAAUCUUGAAGGGAACAGGUUGAACAGGUAAGAAAAGGAAGGUUGCCUAACACAAUGUAUAUGACAAAACUGCUGCUUAAAUGGGAGACACGUUAACUGCUGUUAGUAGAAAUUUAAAUAUAACUGGUAACUAAUACAAAAUUGAGUAAAUAAGCACUCCUGUG